ACAUUGAUUAUGUUCAUGCUAUUUUUCAGGUUUGUAAGGAAAUGGCUGCAUCCUCAUUAGACAAUAGGGAAAAGGCCACAGAGAUCCAUAAUGAACUGGUUGAUCAUUUGGGUCAACAUCUUGAGCCACAAGAUUUCAUACGACUGAAAAAGCGUUUUAGGAAUUGUCCUCUUACUCCUGCAGACUUAAAUGGCAUUCAGGAUGUUAAUGACCUAUUUAAACGUCUUACCAACUAUACGAAAAUAGAUUUGGGAAGCUACGAAACAAUUAUAUCAAAGUUGAAGGUCAUUAAUCGUCAACAGGCUAGAUAUGUGGAGAAACAACAAAGACGAAUUCAAGAAAUCCUGAAUGAAGGACCACCGGCAGCAAAAAGACCGAGAACUGAAAGAGAAGGAGACCUGAAUGGUAGGUAGUCACGAGGAUAAAC